CAAUAACAUGAAGAGAGAAUGAGCUGUAGCAUUUAAAAACGCCAAUUACAGCCGAAUUUCUCUAAAAGCUGUCGACAUUUGGCUAAAAAUAGAGUUUUAUGUCCAAUAACCUUCGACCAAUCAGAAACCGGCUUGCAUUGGCAGUUUCGGAACAGAUGGUUCAUGGAACGAUAUAAAUCAAAAAUGUAGACUAAAUUCAGCUCGUUCAUGAAACUGAAAGAUUUCUCCAACAUGUCACAAUGCUUGCAUCCUCCUUGUCUUAUAGCGAAUACCGUGGACUAAGUUUAAACAAAUAUAUAACUAUUUAUUGUAAACAAGACAUGAACUAAGAUGUCAGGACGUAAAAAUUUAUUUUUGUGCAAAAAUAUGACCUUGUUUAUGUUUAUUUUACUGUAAAUUAUUUGUUUAUUUCUUCAAAUGUGAUUUCGUCAUUCUCUGUAUCGUGUAAUUGUUGAAUUAACUACCAACAAUUAAAUGAACAUUAUGUCUAUUGAACGAGAAAAUAGUAUGGAAGUGGACCUUCCUGUAAGUCAUUCACAUGGACAAGGAAACACAAACUUAAAGCGAUCAAACAGUGCACCCAUGAUAAAUGUUUUAGUGAACACUACACAAAGUCCACCAGAGAUCAGUCAACAUAGUCAUACACAGACCUUUAGACAAGCUGGUGAUACUUCACGGAUAAGAAGAUUCAGUUCUAGUUCACUGUCUCUCAAUUCUCCAAUAGCAGCACCUGUUAAAAUACCAAACAGAGUGAAUGAAAUCAAAAGAGAAGAGAGUUUUGUAACAGUUGCAGAGAAAGAAAAAGAACAAGAAAGAGAUAUUUGUUCACAGCUGAAAAUGUCAACAUCAUGGAAUGAUUUCUCCUUGGAUGAGCCCAUGAUGCCAGAGGUACAAAAGAGGCCAAGAUCCUUUAGUGAAACUCUUCAUAUUUUUACAUCCCCUAACAUGCUAGCUAGUGCCCCAUCACCAACAAGAGUUGGACCAGGAAGGCAAUGUUUUAGUCCAUCAAUGCAGAAGCCAGUGGUGAAUAGCACAUUUACACCCAGCCCAAGUCCAAGUCCGACAAGGAAAAAUUUCAUCAGAAGUUUGAGUCCUAUAGCAGUAAGACCAAGUCCACUUGGAAAAAGAAGAUUGGAUCAUGAUUCCUCAGAUGGAUAUAUAAGUCCAGCCAAGAAGUUUCAUAUAGGACCAAUCACACCAGAUAAAGUAAUGCAUGUCCAUCCCUUAGCCCACAGCCACCAUAGUGUAUCAUCGAGUAGUCUAGAAGAUGGUAGCCCGGAACAGACUGUACCAAAGGGAAAUAAUACACAAGAUAUCAGGUUACGAUACCAGCAUCAGCCAAACAUGUAUACUUUUAUGCCACUUGGGCAGGACUCUCGUGAUUCACGGGACUCACAAGACAUGCAGACAACAGAUUCAGAAACAUCAGAUAUAACAGACAUUUCUGAUCCCAAUAUAUCAUUGUCAGCUAGUCCAAGCACAUCUGGAUUUCAACCAAUCAAACACACCCAAGUAUGACAACAAGUGUCCUUAGUUAAAAUUACUAUGGACAAAAAAGUUACCUUUUGUAAAUAUUGUUAAAAAUCUUUAUGUGCAGUUAAAAUCAUUCAAAUCUAUACAAGAUGAUAUAAUUUUUAUUUAAAUUUCUCACUGAAUGCAUUAUAUUCAGUUACAUUUUACAGCGUAGAUUGAAAGCUAAUGUUAUAAGAUGUGUAUUUGUUUUUCUCUAAUUCUUACAGAAUUUAUCUUUAUUUUAAUGGUUGAUUAUUUUUAUUUAAUGAGCGUGUAGUUUUUUUAGUCUCAGUUCUUCAUUGGUCAAAAUUGGAUUAUGCAGUCAAAAUUUCUUGCUACCUUCAAAAUUUCCUAUUAUAAUGUCAUGAAAAAAGGCAACCAUGUAAUUUUUGGUUUUUGUAUAGACUAGUGUAAGCAGUUCUAUCAAAAAGUAGUAUUUUAAUAUUCAGCCCCAUUCAUCUAUUUAGUCAGAAGACCCAUUGGUUGCCUUCCACUGUUGUCUGCUCUAUGGUCUGGUGGUUGUCGCUUUGACAUAUUCACCAUUUCCUUUCUCAAUUUUAUCUUAACACUGAAACUAAACCACUUUUAUCAACCACUUUAUUGAUAUAGUCAAUAAAAUUAAUUGUUGCACAGGGCUCAUAAGCAUCAGAUGGCAUUAUAACAUUUGAAUAUAAUAAAUUAUUUUUGAAAAGUGCUAGUCAAAACAUUCAAUUGUUCAUUUUCAUUCAGGAAUAGACCAAAAUAACUUAAAUAUGAUUAUAUGAUGUUUUUUUUAUUGUCAAUGUAUUACUACUUUCUGUUUUAUACUGACCAAAGGCCUAAGACAUUAUAUUUGCUUGAUACGACUUAUCUUUGAACAAUUUUAAAGAAAAUAUCUACUUUCAAACAAAACGAAAUAAGUAAUACCACCAAUUUAGAUUUACGACAAUAUGCAACACUUCUUACACAGUCUGACCAUAAUUUUAAACAUUAUAUAUGCUUUCCACUGUUAUGAAGAAAAUAAUGAAAACUAAAUAGAUAAAUCCUGAAACAUGAUUUGAUUGGAAACAAUGUCUCACCGCUUCAGCAGGCAAGAAAGAGGGUUGUAAUAGGGGUACCUUUAUGACCAAUAACGGUAAAAACAUUUCUGUGUUGUCUAAGCGUAGAAAAUUUCUAUUAACUUAACAUUGUGCUGUGUACUGUUAAACUAGAUAACCAAAAAACAUGAAGAUAUGGAAACAGGCAUUACUAAAUUAAAUAGCUACACAGUAUUUUUAGUUACUAUAUUCAAUUCAUUCAUGUAUAUUUUUAUUAGUGAAGUAUUUUUAUUAUGUUAUAUCUAAAUCAUUGAACGGUCAUAUGUAUAUUUGCUUUAGAUUUCACAUCAAACCUUUGUAGAAGUUAAAUGUUCUAUUUGUAUGUAUAAGAUAUUUGACAUCUGGUUUAGUUAGAAGUAAAACAUGAAAAAGUUUUUCUGUAAUUUAAAAAAAAAAAUCUUAAUCUGCAUCUAUUUUCUGUUGUCAAAUUAAUACCACUGCUUUUGUAUGACAAUAUGAAUCACCAUUUUCUCUUUAUCUGGUAAAAUUGCCAAAAUCAGAACUUUUUGUUGAUAAAUGAUAACACUUAAAAAGGUGUAAAUUAUUUAUAUAUUUUCUUGCACAUUUUGGUGAUCAUUUUGUACAUAAACAUUCUGUGAUUUUGUAUAUACUCUCAUUCAUUUGUUGAUGCAGAGAAGUGCUAUUUUCUUUUUGUUAUUGUUUUGGUUAUGUAUUCAAUAUUGUAUGUAUCGUUUAGUUAUUUAGUGUACAAGGUGCUAUGUUCAUGGGAGUUCUUUUACCAUGCGAUAUUGUAAAAUAAGGCAUAAAAAUGUCUUUAUUUGUCCCUUUCUUGGUCUUUCCAUUGUCCAGUAACACAUUUCUUAUCUGAUAAAUUGGUUUUUCAUCAUAUGCUAUUGACCGUACUAUUUCCCACUAAAAUUUAACAAUGUUUGCCAAGUAAUGGGAAUUUGACAAUUUUUGACCGAUUGCAACCUGACACUAAAUGAAUCUACUCCAUGACCAUUUGUCUAAAGAAUUCACACACUUAUUAAGAUUGUUUUAAUCAUAUAAAGAUGACUUUACUAUAAUUCUAUUUGGACUUGACAAUUUUUGCAUGAGAUAUUUGAGUCUGACAAUUUAAUGCUUUAAUAUCUCAAAAUUAGUUGAUAAAUUGUAACUCAAAAUGAAAAAAUAUUUUGCCAAAUUUUCACAACAAUCAAUAAAUUCUGAAAAAUGAUAUGGUAUUACACAACACAAGUAUAGUCAAAUAAAGAAACAAUUACAAGAAUAAUCAAGGUAGAAAUUCUUAACCCUAAACUAUUAGUUAUAUAUAGAUCAUCAUAUACACACUAUUAUAUUUAGGGCACAGGAGGGCAGGUUAAUAUUUUUCUCUUAUAUCUACCGAUAAUCGUUGAUCGAAGCUUCAACUUAAAAAUAAAUACAUCCUAUAUAAGAACUAAGUAAAAUUCUUUCUCUGUAAUUUGUAUUAGAAUAAGAAUUUCCAAAUGAUCACGUUUUAAUGCUUUAGGCUGCAAAAAGGGGAUAAUUACAAACUUCCAAACCAAUGAUAAUGUAAUGCCUGAUCCCCCAGACUAUAGUGGCUAUUUAUAACAAUGUAUUAUGUGCCACAUAAGACAAAUAUUUUAUGCUAUGGCAUACCCUGACUGUAUCAGUAAACAUCAUUUAAUCAUAUCAGUGUACAUUAUGUCAGUGUAUCGGUACACAUCAUGUAAGUGUUUGAAACAUCAUGUAAGUGUCUCGGUACACAUCAUGUAAGUGUCUCGGUACACAUCAUGUAAGUGUAUCGGUACACAUCAUGUAAGUGUUUGAAACAUCAUGUAAGUGUAUCGGUACACAUCAUGUAAGUGUUUGAAACAUUAUGUUAGUGUAUAGGUAAACAUCAUGUAAGUGUAUCCGUAAACAUCAUGUAAGUGUAUCGGUAAACAUCUUGUAAGUGUAUCCGUAAACAUCAUGUAAGUUUAUCAGUAAACGUUAUGUAAGUGUAUCGGUAAACAUCAUGUAAGUGUAUCGGUAAACAUCAUGUAAGUGUAUCGGUAAACAUCUUGUAAGUGUAUCUGUAAACAUCAUGUAAGUGUAUCGGUAAACAUUAUGUAAGUGUAUCGGUAAACAACAUGUAAGUGUAUCGGUAAACAUCAUGUAAGUGUAUCCGUAAACAUGUAAGUGUAUCGGUAAACAUCUUGUAAGUGUAUCCGUAAACAUCAUGUAAGUGUAUCGGUAAACAUUAUGUAAGUGUAUCGGUACACAUCUUGUAAGUGUAUCUGUAAACAUCAUGUAAGUGUAUCGGUACACAUCAUGUCAGUGUAUAAGCAUCAUUUUAGUGUAUCAGUAGACAUCUUGUUACUGUAUUGGUGUACAUCUUGUAAGUGUCUCUCUGUACAUUUUGUUAGUGUAUCAGUAUACAUUAUGUAAGAAUAUUAUAACACAUCUGAUAAUCAAUUAAAUGGGACAGGUUGUUUUAUUGUUUUUCCAUUUUCCUUGGUAGUUUUUGGUUUAAAUUGUUUUUUGUCUUGUAUAGUGUAAAUGUUUCAUGUACAUAUUAAUGUUUUUACUGGAAUCCUGUUUUCAAUAGAUAUAUUUUUACAUAUAUAAUAAAGUUUAAAAAUUGCUUAUUAACGUGACAUUUAAAAAAAAAAUCAAAUCAAUUUUUAGGUAUCAGAAAUAUUCUAUUUGAUUAGUAGUUAUUGGAAAUAUUCACACAAUAAUUACUAGCUGCAUUUGUUUGCACCUGUCCUUAGUCAAGAAUUUGAUGUUCAGUAGUUGUUGUUUGUUGAUGUGGUUCACAAGUGUUUUUCAUUUCUCAUAUAGAUUAGACCGUUGGUUUUCCUGUUUGAAUGGUUUAACACUUGUAACUUUUUGGGGCCCUUUAUAUCUUGCUGUACUUUGUGAGUUAAAGCUAUAUAAGACCAUACUUUGACCUAUAAUGGUUUACUUUACAAACUGCAACUUGGAUGAGAGAGUUGUCUCUUUUGCACUCAUACCAUAUCUUCUUAUAUCUAAAUAAGAAAAUGGUUUGGACUAGGAAUUUUUUUACUUGUUUCAAAUCUUUGUUGCAGUUAUACACAUUUUAUGUAUUGCUUUGUUUGUUAUAGGUUGCAUUUCUGUAAAUAUAGACAAUUCAAUUUUCCAUAUAACUCCCUUACUGUGCCACUUUUACUACAAAAUAACAUAACAAAUUAUAUCCUAGAAUGGAAAGAUGUAAUGCACUUCCAUUUUUUUCAAAGGUCAAAACCUAGGGCUGUGCGGCACAUUUUAAACAUUUAUAUGCCCUGAACUUGUUAAGAGUUUAAACAUCUACUAAAUUUCUGUACUACUUCUACCUCCUAUUUGUGUCUCACGUUUAGAAUUCAAUUUUUAUCGCAAUAGUAUGUUUUUAUACUGGUAAAAGUCCCAAGUUUUUGUCUAUGAGAUCAAAUCUUGGAACAGGUUUGUCAAUAAAUAUUAUCUAUCUCCCUAAAAGAGGCGUGGUUUGUGAAACAGCUGUAUUUACAAAGUGCAACUUACAGUAAUUAAAAUUUUAACUAAUAUGUGUGUUAUAGUAACACUCACUCAAUGCAUUGCUUUGUGUGUUAUAGUUAUACCUACUUUAUGUUAAUCUUUGUGUGUUACAGUAAUUCACUCUUUAUGUAUUGCCACUUAAUGCAUUGCUUUGUGUGUAUUAGAAAUACACACUUAAAGUACUUUUUUGUGUGUUAUAGUAACACUCACUUAAUGCAUUGCUCUGUGUAUUAUAGUAAUACACACUUAAUUUUAUACUCUGUGUGUUAUAGUAGCACACACUUAAUAUAUUGCUUUGUGUGUUAUAAUAAUAAAUACUUAACACAUUGUUUUGUGUAUUAUAGUAAUACACACUUAAUGUUUUGCUUUGUGUGUUAUAGUAAUACCCACUUAAUGUUUUGCCUUGUGUGUUACAGUAACACACAUUUUAUGUAUUGCUCUGUGUUUUAUAGUUAUACACACUGAAUGCAUUGCUUUAAUGCGAUACAGAUAGUAGAAUUCAAAGAUAAUUGUUAUAAACAGGGUAGGUUACUUCAUCCUUGUAUAUUCUGUAACAUAUGUAAAUUUUAUGUAAUUAUCAUGUAAAUAGAUAUCAUAAAUGUACAUAUAUGUAAAUAUUGUAAAUGGUCAGUAAUUCAGUCAGAGCUUAAACAUGUGCACUUUGUUUAAUACUACUAAUUUUGAUUGUGAAUAUGGAAAUAGUUCAAUGUUACUAAUUGAGAAGUGAAAAAUUAUCAUUUAUUAAAUAAUUAUUCAAAUUUCACUGAAAUGACUUUCCCUGUGCAAACAUCAGUCAACACUGAUUAGUAGUCUGCACAUGAUCGUUGAUAGUUUAAGGUAACACACCAUGUUCAGUUUAGUUAUGUAAAACAGAUUUCUGUUUCAUUUUGGACUGUUUGAGCAGAAAUUUGGAAGUUUUACAAUUGUAAAAAUGAACUAUUGUAUUAAGAUUCAUCAACUGUCAGCAAUAAGUGUUAACAAUAAGGCAGCUUCAGUUAAAGUCUUGUUAUUUAUCUGUUUUAUCACAUGUUUAGUUCACUCUUGAAAUUUAAUACAGAAGCAACAGUUAUUUUUGAAUAUAUAGGUUAAUUAGUUUGAAUAUAUGCUGGUUUUGGUCAGUUAACUAUUUAAAUAAUCAUUUUGUCUUCAAUAUGUUUUAGAAUUUGUCUCUGGUCUCAGUUGGUCUUUAGGCUAAACAGUGGUCUUUACAUGGUAUUGUGACAUGCCGAAUCUAAGAUAUUUGCUUACAUUCAUUACCUGCAGAACAUCUGUUACCAGGUAGCAGUCAAAUUUAAAAAAACCCAUUUAUUUCAAGGCAACUUAAGGCACUCAUGACAGCUUUUCAAGAACAAAAUAUCACUUUUGAAAAUUCAGCUAUAUGUCAGCAGAUUCUUGCAGUACUUAUGAAAUAUGUUUAUAAUAUAAAAAGACAAUGUGGUAUGAUUGCCAAUAAAACAACCCUGAACAAGAGACCAAAUUGACACAGAAAUUAACAACUACUGGUCACUGUAUGGACUUCAACAAUGAGCAAAUCCCAUGAUGUAUAAUUUGAAGAAAAUCACUGUUUAAAGAAAAAUAUGAAUUUAUAUAGGAAAAUAAUAUCACUUAAUUUCUAUAUUUGUUUAUAAAUAAUGAUUUCUCAGUAAUGACAUACCAUUAGAACAUUUCAUAAUGAAUAUAGAAACAGCAAAAUCUCAUUAAUAUUAAACCUUUAAGGUGGUACCUAACACUGCAGGGAGAUAACUCUGUAAAAUAAGCUAAACGUUUUAAUUACAUUGUGUUGUAGAAAGAAUAUUAAGCUUCUCAAUAAUCAAAAUGAGUGUUUGUCAGACUGCUAUAUAACCAGUGUAAUUUUUCUGUUAAACGGUUGGUUCAAAUUUUUUUUUUCUUCAUAUUUUUGUCAAAUGGUCAAAGUAAAAUACUUUGUCAAAAUUUUAAGAAAAUAAAACAAGCCAAAUUAAUUUUAGUUCAAGUGUUGGAUACCACUUAAAUAAACAGAGAAGAUGUUACUAAGUUGUAAAACUUAUCUCUAAUCCAUUAGUCUUUUUGAAAGAUGAAAUACUACAACAAACAAUAUUGGUGGAUAUAUCUGAUAAAUGUUCUCGUUUGUAAUUUAGUAUCAUUUAAUAGUUUUUCUGGUUUCAAAUGGAAUUAUUUAUUAGAAAUAGUAUAUUUAGUAUGUAAAAUUGUAAAUGUAUAUAUAUUUUUGAUUGUUGAAAUUUAAUUUACUGCAUUAAAAUGUAAAAAAAUAUUACAAAGAUAAUGUAAUAAAUAUUAGCAAUUUGAUUUUUCAUAUUAAUCAAAAUUCUGACCAAGUGACUAACCAAAAUGAAGUAAGACCUGAAUUCUGUUUCUUUGUAAUUCAUGUACUUGACAUAUAUUGCUGUUAAUUGGUAACUUGUAAAUUAUUCACAUUUAUUUUGCCAUGUUAUAGAAGUAUUAGGUUAAUUAAUAAUUGGAGGUUAUUUAAAGGUAAUAUCUGAUACACUCACACAAGAAUUCUUUGUAGAUAGUAAGUAUCUGGAUGGUUAAUGUAUGGGCUGUCUUUCAAUUGUCGCCAAUAAAGUAGACUUAUGUAUUCUGUU